AUGGCUACUGAAAUUGAUACCUCUUUAACGCGCAAAUUAUACUAUGCUUUCCCUCCAGCUGUUGCGGGCUUUGCUUAUGGUUGGGAAAAUGCUUCUAUGGGUGGUAUUCUGACUAUGACCCAGUUCUUGGGUUAUUUUGGGACCCCCUCUGCUUUUCGACAGGGCGUUAUGACCGCGGCUUUAUUGGCUGGCGAAUUCGGUGGCUCUUUGCUGAUUGGAUUCUUGAUUUCGGAUCGCUUUGGUCGUCGCAUCACUAUCUUGUUUUGUGUUGUUGUAUACCUCAUUGGUCAGGCUAUUAUUGUCGCUUCGCAGAAUCAAGCCAUUUUUAUCUCUGGGCGUGUGGUUAAUGGACUAGGAGCUGGUGGUUUGUUUCAGACAAUCUCGCUGUAUACCGCUGAAAUUACACCCCCGAAAAUCCGUGGCAUGAUGACUUCGAUGAUGAGUUUGGGUAUCGCGAUGGGACUGUUGGUCGCGUACUGGGUCCAAUAUGGCGCGGCUAAUAUCGAGGGAAACGCUGCCUGGCGCAUGUGCUUCAGUCUCCAGCUGGUACCCGGUGCGAUCGUCGGAGCUAUCAUGCUGUUUCGUCCUGAGUCCCCCCGUUGGCUCUUCCGACAUGACCGUUCCGAGGAAGCCUUGCAAAUCCUGGCCAAACUUCACGCCAAGGGAGACCAGAAUGCACCCGUCGUGCAGUCGGAAUUUGAAGAAGUUAGGGUCGUCGUCGAAUACGAGCGAGGAACACCUGCCCCAUCUUACCUCUCGCUGCUGGUCAGCAAGCAAUAUCGUCGUCGCACUGCGUUGGCCAUGGGACUCCAGUUCAUGCAGCAGAUAACCGGCGUCAACAUCAUUUUGUACUAUGCUGCCAAGGUGUUUGCGCAAACAGGUCAAACAGGAACUCAGGCCGCGCUCUUGUCCAACGGCAUUGAGUCCGCCCUGUUCCUUAUCGCAUCUUUCUCUUUAACCCUUCUCAUGGAUGUGUAUGGCCGUCGCAAGCCAUUGAUCAUUGGUCCUAUUCUAAUGGGAAUAUGCAUGAUCAUCGUCGCAUCUAUGCUAGUCGGCUUCGGCGCACCUUAUUUCGACUCAACCACUCAGGAAAUGAAAUUCAACUUCGAGGAUGGCGCAGCCGGUAACACAGCUGUUGCAUUCAUGUUCCUCUACAUGGUUACAUUUGGUGCGAGCAUGGCCUCACUUCCAUGGACAUAUCAAAACGAGGUCUUCCCAAUCAAUGCACGUGGUCGGGGAACUGCACUCUCAACCUCUGUGAACUGGUUCGUCAAUUUCUGGCUGGGGCUGUAUAUGCCUACUGCGCUGAAUGAGGGGUCCUGGAAGGUGUACUAUGUUUUCGGGGGUAUCAAUAUCGGUAUCUCGUUUGUUGUAUACUUUUUCUUCCCGGAGACUUCGCGCCGGACGCUGGAGGAGCUGGACCUUCUGUUCACCUCAAAUCGGCGCACGCUUGUGUUUUUGGAUAAGGAUGCUUGCCGAAAGGGAUCACUUCUUAAGCAUGGAUUGGAGUCUGGAGCUGACGCUGCUAAGGACUUGGAGUCGGCGCUUGUGCUUGGUGCUAUUGAAGGAGAUGAAAAGGAGAGGAACAUGAAUUUACAUGAUGAGUAUAUGCAUUGA